AUGGUCAACUACACGGUCGACGCAUUCGUCGCCGCCUACAUCCUGCGCCUUUUCCCGAAGUUCAUGCGCCCCUUUGCAUCUAGGUUUAUUCCUCAGUGUCGAAAACUGCGCAACGAGCUUGACGAAGCACGUCGGAUCAUCGAUCCCGUUGUGGAAUCCAGAGAGAAACGAAAUGUACCCCUCGAUCUGCCUCCCAACGCUGCAGUUGAGGAUGGGUUUAGCUGGCUGGAACAAUGCGCGAACGGGCGUGUGUACGAUCCGGUUAUCGCGCAGCUCUCGCUCUCUGUUGUGGCGAUUCAUACUACGUCGGAUAUGUUGACUCAGGUUCUAUUUGAUCUGGCGGAAAGGCCAGAGCUCAUUUCCGCUCUGCGCGAAGAAAUCGUUCACGUCUUCGGCAAUGACUGGGUCGACUUGACCAGAGGGAGCCUGCAGCAGUUGAAACUGAUGGACAGCGUGCUGAAGGAGAGUCAGCGCAUGAAGCCGGUUAAUAUAGGUAUGUUUAUCUCCCUGUCCACGCCACGUCUAGGAUCAGCACUGACAAAUAUGCCGUAUCCUAGUCUCAAUCCGUCGUCGAGCAAACUACAACAUCAAGCUCUCAAACGGGACGCUGAUCCCCAAAGGCACCAUGAUCUGCGUCUCAAACCAUUGGAUGUGGGAUCCCGCCAUCUACAAGAACCCAGAGAAAUUCGACCCAUAUAG